UCGUGCUCCCCUAUCCGGUUAUCCCUCCGGAACCUCCCCGCCGCAUUUCGUCGCCAUGGUCGCGCUCUCCUCCAUCUCCCCCUUGCUCCCAGCGCACCAGCUCGCCCCCGUCCACCCCCGCCGUCUCCUUCCCACUAAUCCCACCGCGAAGCCCCUCCCCCUUUCCCACGUCGUCCGCUGCGCCGCCACAACCGAGGCGGAGCGCCCGGGCCCCCCGCCGCUCCCGCCACCGAGGCUGGUCCGCUGCCCUGCCCUCGACCGCCAGGCGGCGCGCGCCAGCCGCCUCCGCUUCGCGCGCAAGCUCCUCACCCUCCUCCUCUCCAAGCCCCGCCAUUUCCUCCCGCUCCGCGUGCUCCACCGAUGCCGCCGCUUCCUCGGCCUCCCGCGCCGCCGCCGCCCGCUCAUCCCCAUGGUCCUCCGCUACCCAGCCCUCUUCCGCCUCUUCCAGGCGCCCACCUCACUCCCGCUCUCACCGUCCCUCUCCACCCUCGCCGUCGGGCUCACCCCCGCCGCCGAGGCUCUCGCCGCCGACCUCGCCGCGCUCCGCGCUACCAGCGCCGGCGCCGACGCGCUCGCGGACAAGGUACACCGGCUCCUCCUCAUGACCCCGCGCCGGAGCAUUCCGGUGAACAGGCUCGUCCACAUCGCCCCCGACCUCGGCCUCGCCAUGGACUUCCGCGCCACGCUCUGCCCCCGCCACCCCGACCUAUUCGCCCUCGUCAACACUUCAUACGGCCACGCGCUCCAGCUCGCCGACCCGCCACCGCCUCCUCCGCCGCCGCUCCCGCCUCUCCGCCCCGCUGCGCCACCCGAUCGACUCAUCGACCGGCCGCGGAGAUUCCCCCACCUCCCGCUCCGUCGGGGGCUCAAUCUCCGCCGCGCGCACCGGGAGUACCUCCUGCGGUUCCAUAGCCUUCCCGAGGUGUCCCCGUUCGAGCCACUUGAUCAGGGCGCCACUCUGGAGAUGUUGGAGCGGCGGGCGUGUGCUGUGGUGCGGGAGGUUUUGGCGAUGACGGUGGAGAAGCGGACGCUGGUGGACAACCUCACGCACUUCAGGAAAGACUUUGGGUUGCCGAACCGGCUGCGCGCCUUGCUGGUGCGACAUCCAGAGCUGUUCUAUGUCAGUGUGAAGGGGAUGCGGCACUCGGUGUUCCUACUGGAGGCAUUUGAUGAUGAUGGCAGGCUCCUAGUGGAGGAUGAACUGCUGGUUGGAAGGGAUAGGCUGGAGGAGCUUGUGCGGGAGGGAAAGCGAAUGAGACGUGCUCGGAAGAAAGGCGUUCUCAAGUUUGAUGGGGACAGUGAUGAGGAUGAAGAUGACAGCAAGGCUGUAGAGGAUGGUUUAUUAGAUGUGAAUGAUGAGUUUGGGGACUUGUUUGAGGAUGGUAUCAUUGGGGACGAUUGGGAGCAGGUGGGCGAUGAAGGUGGGAGUGAGGCGGAUGAAGAGCAUGACACUGAAUCGGAUGCGAUGGAAGAGUUUUGGGUGAAGAAAGCUGUGGCUGAAGGGUUAGUUAAUAGUAGCAAUGAUCAGGAUGUUUGGUGAAGUAUAUUGAAUUGUGAGAGUUUACUCAGGAUGCUAUCGUGGACCCAGAUUCUCAAAUUUGCUCUUCUCAGCAUAUAUAACCAGAAGAAAUAGCAGGUAGCCUUGUCUCUUGGACCUCCCGGUCCCAUGUGCUUCCCAUUACUAGUGUUGAGGAUGGAGAUGAGGAUGAUGGUUCUUUACAGGUGGAUGAUGAGUUUGGGGACUUGUGUCAUUGGGGAUGAAUGGGAGGAGGUGGAAGUGAGGCAGAUGGCGAGUAUGAUGCUGAAUCAGAUGCAAUGGAAUAGUUUUGAGUCAAGAAAGCUGUGGCUCAAGGACUUUGGUUGAUGAUGGAAACGAGCAGGAUGUUUGGUGAGGUGUAUCAGCUUGUGCGACUUUGCUCAGGAUGUUAAUGAGAUCCGAGAAAUUCUGAAAUGUGCUUUCUCAGAAAUUGCACAUAAUCCACAAGAAGCAUCAGUACAUAACCUGGUAUCUUGGCCCUCUUGGUCCCAUUUGCUGCCUGUUGAUAGGUAAGGAAGUAUACACUAUUCAGUUGAUUCCUGCUAUGCGUGCUCAUUUUCAAUUUGCACAAUAAACUAUAUUAUAGAGGGGUAUAGGCAUAGGUUAAGAGAAUUUGUUGCACAGCUUGGUUUGUAAUCUUAGGUUGCUGCUAUGUGGAAGUAGGUUGAAUAUGGACGCUUGAUCGGCUGCUUAGUGACUAUAACAAAGAUGUUAAACUUUCUUGGGUAGUUUUAAAUAAUAGGAGGUGAAGGGUAGGUAUGUUGUUGUUAGUUGGUACUUGUGAUGUCUACCAAUUAAAUUGCAUCUCAAAAAUGAAUUUUCAGCUUAUGUGUAUAUUUUGUUGCUUAACAUGCACUGACAGGAAAUUGUGUUUAUCGUGUAGCUUGCAUGUAACAAGUACCAUUAUGAGCAUUUCCAACUUUUAUGGUGAAAUUUCUUACCAAACUGCGAACACCAUAUUAAAGUCUUCUGGUAAAUUCUAGUGGGCCCCAUUUCAUUUUCCCUGUUAAUUGUGUUAGUCAUCCAUGUUACAAUGCUUCAGGAUCCUAAAUAUUUAAUUUAUAAAUGCUGUGUUGGUGUAGACCUACUGGACAAUCCACCUUAGGUUUCUUUAGAAUUUAACUCUUGAGCUAGCAUUGGAGCACCUACCCUAGAACAGCAAUCAACUUAAAACAGAAAGGCUCAGUGCAGCAAAACCACAAAAACUAUGGAACUAGACUGCCAUGUUUCUGUUGUGAAAGUAAAACCCCCAGGACAAGCUAGCCAUCUGGCUCCCUGAAAAAACAAUGUUUUGAGAGUCAGCUGGCUAGUCAGCAAAGGAAGUGGAUGCGUAGGAAUGUAAACAAAAAUAGAGCAUGCCACGUUUUCUUAGAGACUCUUUAUAGAGAAGUGAAUGUAUUGUGCACAAUAAACAUUUGAAUUGAUUUGGCUGGAGAGAAUUAUAUUGGUAAAAUGUAGAAAUUAGAAGUCCAGUUCUACUUGUAACUUUCAGCAACUUCUGUUGUUUUGCAUGCAUGGAACUUAUUACCUCAUGAGAAACCAUUCAACUUGAAUGCUGAAAAACUAUUCUUUAUGAAUGGCUCUGUCAAAUACUACAGAGAUUUUAGAUAUUCAUGAGUACAGAUGUUCAAUUCAACACUCAUCAGUUGGACUUUCAAAAACUUAUUGAUCUCUUGUAUCUCAGCUUUUGUUGAUAAGGAAGUCAUGUCAUGUCUUUUCAUAUGGAUUGACUUGGGUUAGAUGGAAUAACAGGAAGAACCGGCUACUCGCCCUCCCUCUGAAGCUCUCACUGUUUUUUAUGGUUCUUCUUGCUUGAUUACAACUGUUGGUGUUGCUAGGCUUUUAUAACCAGCCUCCUAAAGAUAGAUGCUAACCGAUGCAGCAAACCAAAUCUAAUCUAAACAAACUUAUCUCCUAACAAGCUUAUCUUUCUAACAAAACAAAUCUAAAAUAUACUAAGGAUAAGUUCCGCCAGCUAGUUGAUGCUGCUGCCAUGCUGGUGGCCCUCGGCCAAGGCUCACGCCCAUAACAUCCUUAUAUAAAUUUUAUAUAAAAAUUGCAUGGCAGUUUUUGAAAUUAAUGAAACUUGCCUCCAUCUUAAUAUUUUUUUUGUUGAAAUAUUUUUGUUAUUUUAGUGUUUUCCUCUCCUUCCCCCUUCUUUUUUUCUCGAACCUUCCCCCCUUCUUAAAGUCAUGCCCUGGUUACUUACUACGAAGUUCUAUGCAUAAUAAACAUUUACACCCAACAGUAUCACUUGAGUUGAUGUACUGCGUAGAAGGAUUAAAUACCUUCCAUGUCAGCAAGAGUAUGGGGCUCAUACACAUUGUGUGCUACAUCUUUUGCAAGAUGUAGCAAACUAUCUGCUCCACUUGCUAUAUGUACAACUGUACCAUUUUCCUCCAUUUUUUGUUAUUUCAUUGUACAGUUGCAAUGCUACGGAAAUCUUGCAAUGUAUUUCUUCCAUUAAAUUAUUUCUCCUACUGAACAUUUAGGUUUGAGAUCGUGGAUGAUGUGUUUCCGAAGGUUUCUCAUUUUUGACAUGGCCAAAAUGCUAACUGAGGAUGUUGCAUGCAGUAUGUACCGUUGAUCUCGGAAGUUCAAAUGCUAACUCUGGCUUGUAUGCACUGGCACUUCGUGAAUACGAAGGUAUAGAAACCGACAUGUUUAUGAUUCAUAACUUUGCUAGUUUCUUUUAUCGUCUUAAGUUACAUCUAUGUUAGUUUGGAUCUUGCCCAAUUCAGAUAUUACAGCAAGGCCUUAUGUUGUUUUAUGGCUAAUUGUAGUGCAGGCACUAAGCCAAUCCAGAUAAAUGCAUGGGUUUUUUUUAUAUUCUUUUCCCUUUUGAGAUUCCAUGGGUUUUGUCAAAGAUUUCAGAGCUUUAAGCAUGUCAUUUCUGUAAAUAAUAUGCUAUGCAGGUUGCUUUAUUUUCA